AUGCCUUCAGGAUCUAAAAACAAGCAAUCACUCAGCAGCCGGGACGAAGGUACGAUGUUUGUGGAGGAUCUCGUUUCCCGGGUUGAUGCCACCAUUGGUUCGAGUCCAGUCGCCGAAGGACGAGGCCCGGCCACUCUCCCGUCGGAAAGCGAGCAGCACAUCCGGGAUAUCGUGGACAAGAUUGCGUCCCGCAACCUCAACCACGGUGGUGGCAGGAAAGCGACUGGAGGGGCCUGGCUACAUGAGGAGGACAAGGUUUUGCGAGUAAUCGUGGUCCGAGACGGUGAGGGGGGGUGGAAAGGAAAGGCCCGUGAGCUCAACUCCUCGAUGGCUGCCCUGCACCAGAAGCUCACACUCAAGGCGACCGCGCGGGGCGAGUCUCCCGUGGUGUACGGCAGGAAUGCGGCCCAAUGUCUGCACAGGUGGAAGAAGGUCCUGGAGCCCGGCGUGAUGAAAGGCCACUGGACGCCAUCCGAGGACGCUGCUUUGGUUGACGCGGUACAAUCCGUCAUGGCACUUCCAGAGAGCAUGAAGUGGAGUAACAUUGCCUCGUACAUUCCCGGGAGGAUGGGCAAGCAGUGCCGUGAACGCUGGUUCAACCAUCUCAGCCCGACACUGAAGAAGGCUCCAUGGACAAGCCAGGAGGAAGACGUACUAUUUCACGCGCAGAAAUUCUUCGGCCCUCGCUGGUGUGAGAUCUCCCGGUGCGUCUUUCCUGGAAGAACGGCGAACGACAUCAAGAACCGCUUCAACUCCAGUGCGCGAGGCAGGUGGCUCAAGUCAGGAAAUGCGGAAGUCAGCAUGCAGACGUCGAACCUCUUUGUCCAGAGGCUCAAGGCUUCGGCGAAGAAUCUUGACGAUGCCAAGCAGUCGAAGAGGAAAAAUGCCGCUACGCACAAGGGACCUCGGGUGCGGUCAUCUCGGACUUCCUCUAGCGUCUCCUUGGAGAGGCCGAAGCGAGCGAAACACCACCACCCUGUGUCGGCCAAGGCAGCUCGGGUGCGGUCACGUGCGACGUCCUCUACCGUCUCCUUCGAGAGGCAGAAGAAGCGGGGAAAGCACCACCGCUCCAACGGCCCUGGAAUUACUGUGACCCAGAGUGGCACUAGCAUCCACUGGAAGAAGGCUUUCCUACGGCUGUGGCUGAUGGAACAACGGUUCACACUCCACGGGUUUCUGCCCAGAGCGAGGCGCUAG